AUGGAUGAUGCAGCAGGCACUAAUGAUAUAGUCGAAAUUCGGCGUCCCAUUGUAGAGGCAAUACCAGUUCGUGCAGUGGACAAGUACAUGUGGAUGGAAGGUGACUAUCUGAAGCCAAUCGAGUCAUCACCGCAGCAGCAGAGCGCAAUAGCAGAGGGUUUAGCGUCAUUGCGUAACAAUAUCGCCUUCGCCAUUAUUCUUCUUAACGCUCUUCUCGCUCUCGCAAUUUAUCUCAUCCAGAAACAUAAGAAUGUGCUUAGUAUUCGCUGGACACCUUAUCGGAACUUCAAGUGGACGAAAAUGAACGAGCUGACCGGUCAGUACGAAGUGACCAAAGACCCUCUCAAGAUUGAUCCAUUGGGGAUGACAAUCAUUGUGUUCCUUCUUGGAAUUUCUGUAUUCAGACUGAUAGAUGACAGACACACUUCGUACGCGCAAAGUCAUGCAGCAGACGGCUACACCAGACAUCGCGAACUUGACACAGAUAACGAAUCGGUACUCUACAAGCUUCAGCGAGCUCGUCUGGCGAAGCGUAUGCAGAAAGCGGAGGCGAAGAAUCAGGUUUAA